GCAGAGGGGUGAUGCCUGGAGCUGGAUGCCGCACGGACACAGACAAGGACACAGGAUGGGCUCCAAGUACCCACCAUCUAUGCGGGGCUGCCUGCCCCUGUGGACCCUAGUGCUGGAGGUGGCUCUCAUUGUCAUCUUCUUCUUUUUCACCUCCUCUGACACUUCCUCACAGGAUCCGAAGAAGCUCAUGGUGAACUUUCGAGUCCUCCAGGAUGUGACCAUCAUGGUGGCCCUUGGCUUUGGCUUCCUCAACUCGUCUUUGCGGAGAUAUGGCUGGAGCAGUGUGGCCUUCAACCUCUUUUUGCUGGCCCUGGGGGUUCAGUGGGCAGUCUUGAUGGAUGGCUUCCUGGAACGGCCCUUCCAUAAGAAGGUGGUCAUCAAACUGUCCAGUAUUAAGUUGGCCACCAUGAGUGCUAUGUCUGUGGUCAUCUCAGCGGGCGCCGUGCUGGGGAAGGCCAACCUGUUGCAGCUGACGUUGAUGGCACUGGUGGAGGUGACGGUCUUUGUCACCAUGAGGAUGAUUGACAGGCAGUACCUCAGUAUGGACAACCACGUAAGCAUGAUGCACAUCCAUGUGUUUGCAACCUAUUUUGGGCUGAUGGUGGCCUGGUUCCUCUCGGGGUGUCUGAAUAAGAGAGUGACAGAGGAGAAGAAUCAGACAGCAAAGAGCUCCAGUUUGUUUACCAUGCUGGGAACCCUCUUCUUGUGGAUAUUCUGGCCGAGUUUCAACUCUGCUCUGCUGGAUAUUCCAAAGGAAAGGAAGAAUGCCGUGUUCAACACCUACUAUGCUCUCGCAGCCGGCGCGGUGACAGCCAUCUCAGUGUCGGCUUUGGCUCACCCCCAGGGGAAGAUCAACAUGACUCAUAUCCACAAUGCGGUACUGGCUGGAGGUGUGGCUGUGGGCCCUUCGUGUCAUCUGAUCGCUUCUCCUUGGCUCGCCAUGCUGCUGGGCUUUAUGGCUGGACUGAUCUCCAUCUGGGGAGCCCUGUGCCUGCCGGAAUACUUUAACCACGUGCUGGGGAUCCACGACACCUGUGGCGUGCACUACACCUUUGGCUUUCCAGGUCUGCUCGGAGGAAUCGCCUACAUUCUGCUGAUAAUCUAUGAGGUCAGCUGGACCAAGCAGUCCAUGAUCGGCUACCAGUUGUUCAUUGGCAUUGGGACACUCAGCUUGGCCAUGGCUUCAGGUCUGAUAGCUGGUGUUUUGACAGGUUUGGUCUUAAACCUCAAAAUAUGCAAGGGACCUCAUACAGCUAAAUAUUUUGAUGACCAAGUUUUCUGGGAGUUUCCUCAUUUGGCUACUGGAUUUUAAGCAAAAGCAUCCAAGAAAAACAAGGCCUGUCUGAAAAUGAGACAACUUCCUUUCACUGUUGCCCCCCUUUUUUUGUGGAUGACACACUCGUUACAGCAAAGUCUCCUUAUAUACAAUGGAACAAGGUCAGAGAUGAAUUUGGUAUUAAAAAAUAAGAUUAAAAAUUUAUUUGAAUGGUAAUUUCAUAAUAGUUUAAAAUAAAUGUUUGGUUUCAUUAAAAAUAAUGCCAUCAGUAUUUUCUUGGGUGCAGACAUGUAAUUAAGGUAUUGGUUCAAUUUUAUUGACAAUUCCUAGAUUCUUUCUCAUGCUUAACAAAGUGUGCUAUGCUACCCAGUGAACUCUUGUCUACAUCAGCAGAGCAGAGAAUAAAAUAGGGAAAAAUGAAGAAUUCACUUAUAUUUAGUCCUAUAACGUGCACAUUGUGUUUCUAUUUCAGCACUUUCACAAAGUAGUUCUUAUAACCUGGGCACAUUCUGGAUUUAACUAUAGGGAAAAACAUAGUAAAGUGUGGAGAUACAGUGUCUCAAGAUUAAAAAACUGGUUCUAUGACCUUGAGAAAAUCAAUGUUUCCACAGUCUGGGUUCCCUCAUCUGGUAAAAAGAGAAGGUGGACCUUCAACCUCUCAUAUGCCCUCGAAUUCUCUGAAAACCCACCGUGAGUGAUCGGCUGUGGGAUGGCAGCAGCAUGGCCAUUUUUUGAGUGUGUCUGGAUGCCCAGGAGAUAUUCCAUAUGUACACAGUGAAAGACCACAUGGCUGGUGUGGACAAGAGCACCACAAAUUUAAAUCAUCUAGGAGAUAUUCUGUGUUUCAGGCAGGGCUAACUAUAGCAAAUUUUAUGAAAGAAAACAUUUCGAGCUGUAUUUCUAAAGAACAGGUACCCCAUAGUUUGCUAGUUCAUUUACAAGAUUCCCAUUUUGCCAAGGUGGGGGGAAGGGGAGAGCCUGACAAAAGGAACAAACUAUGAGAAUUCUCAGUAGUUAAUGUCUGUCAUUUUAAUUGACCUUGCUGGUCUAUUUUGAGGUUAGUGGUUCAGUACAGAGAUACGAUGAAACUUGGAAUCCAAUUUAUUGUCAAACCAACAACAAAAAAUUUGCCACCCGAGUAAAGCCCAGUGUCAAGUCUCUGUCCUUUUCCCUUCUUUCAGUGGUGGAUGUGGAGUGACUGUCAGCAUCCCCCCAGGACCAUGGGUCAUGGCUGAGUGAUUGCCACUCCCCACCCCCCCAUUAGGGGCACCAACACGGUCACUCACCCCUUGGGAGACCCUCAACAGCUACUUACGCUGAAAUGCUUCCAGAAUUUUUGGCAAAACUGUAUAAACCAAACACAAAGUAUAGUGAGAAAGAAUUCUGACCACUGCAUAGAUUUAAAAACAAGAAAUGUUUAUGUUUCAUUUAACAUUUGACACAGAAUAGGCCACAUUUAAACAGACACAAUAAAUCUUUGGAGCACUUUAAUCUGUAGUUUUAGACCUUGGAUAUGACAAAUGCUCAUAUAAGAUGUAUCCAUAAUUCCUUUUGUAAUUUAUUUUUACAAGUUAUACCAUGAUAAAACUUAAUAAAAAUUACUCAUGUGGCCUAUUUUCAACAUUUUAUAAGUUAAUCCGAUGCACACCACAAUAGAUUUUUGUUGUUGUUUACAUAGGAAGUUCUCAUGAUUUUAGUAUUACACAAACUGAAGCUGAGACUACACUCGAAAAUGAGUUUAGAAAAUGGCAUUACAAAAAACUGGGGAGUGAGUAGUAAAAAACCCAUGCAGGACUGCUGUGCGGAAGCAAACCGGAUGUUUUCACUGCCAUAAGUCUUCAGUGCGGCCAAACUUAAAAACCAGUCCUC